UCAUGCUGCAAUUCUUGUCCGUUGGGGUGUAAGUAGAUCCAGGCUGAGCGCUACUCGAAGAGCGCAGCCAUGGCUCCUGCAGAUGAAGGGGCCCUGGAGAUGGUCCUCAGCAAGUACAAUAGCCCCGAAAAGGAGGCUGCUCUUAGCCUCAGCAACGCCAGAGACCCCGCCAAAAUGCCAAAGACAGGGCCGACGGCGAAGAUCGGGGCUUUAUGUACAGCAGACAACUGCUCGAGGCUGGCGGUGCUCAGGUGGCCAGGGGAGGAGAAGGAUAGCCGCUGCACACAUCAUGGCGAGAAGGGGAUGCUCUCAAGGACGUUUCUAUGUGCCAGGGAUGAUUUGCAGUGCUUCAAGCAUGCCCGAUAUGGCUGGCCUGGCCAGUCAGUCACACACUGCGAGGUGCAUAAGGAGGAGGGCAUGGUGGCAAAUGACAGGGAGAGCAAACGGUUCACCAAGCCUACUGAGCAGGCGGAGCCAGUGCCCCCGGACGAGGAGCGAUGCACGUUCUACAGCCGGGAUUUUGGCAUCGGGCAGCAGCGCAGGUGUAAGCGGCCCCGCAAGGAAGGGUACAAGCAGUGCGAGCACCACGUAGAGCUUCGGAGGCGGAGGGCGCAGAAGGCAAAAGAAGGCACGGUGGCUGCCCCAACCAUCGAAGUGCCCCCGGUGCCAGACGAGCAGCGCUGCACGUAUUGGGCCCAGCACCCGCUGAGAGGCCGCGUGCAAUGCAAGCGCGAGCGCAUGCCAGAGGGCAUCCUAUGUGAGAUGCACUCCAAGAACGCCGACCGCAGGAAGAUGUGCUGGGUCGAGGGCUGCCAGAGGACGGGCUCCAACGGCAUCUUUGGGUUCUCCCUCCGCUUAGCCUGCUCCUGGCACACGGCCUGCGGCAUGAUCGGCAAGAAGGACACAUACGACCGCUGCUUCAAGCUCGGGUGCGCAGCCCGGGCGACCAUGGGGCCGGAAGGCGCCGUCAUGCCCAUGCUGUGUAAGGAGCACGCCGACCCUGGCAUGUCGGUUCUACAUCCCGAGGGGAAUAACAUGGCGGCUCCCAAGGUACUGAACCAGCCGAAGAAGGAGGAGCUUGAGGCGCUCAAGGAGUGGGACCUGGUCGAGGAGUGGGUGGCCAAGUACAAGGCCUCUCCAAUCACGGACGCUGAGCAGUACAGGCAAGACGCCUACCAAUUAAUCACCCGGCAGCGCGCCGAGAAGAUGGAGACGUUUGUCCGAGUGAAGAAGCCGGCCCCGACCCCCAAGCCUCGCCGAACCAAGGAGGAGAUGGAAGCUGCGGCCGAGGAGAGAAAGCGUCUCGCGGCAGAGAAGGACGGGUGGAAGGCCGAGCUCGCGGAGAAACGGCAGCAGGUCCAGCUGGCACGGGAGCAGAAGGAGGCGGAGAAGAAACGGGUAGCAGCGGAGAAAGCGGCUCAGAGGGCGCAGGCAGCGGCAGAGAAGGCCGCUGCGAAGGAGAGAGCGGCCGAGGAGAGGGCGGCGAACGGGACCGGGCCGAGACAGCGGAAAGUUGGGGAACCGGGAGUCGUGCCUAAGAAGCGGGCGAAGCAGAUGAUGGAGGGGGGCCCUCAGCACAUGAUUGUCGACAUGGACCCUUCGCUAGUGGAGCAAGCUCUGCCAGUUGCGGUCUUGCUUCAAGACGGUGUGGAGGGGGACGACGGGGCGCCCGGCACGAGCGGUGCUGGUCCACAGGAAACGGGGGAACCGAGCUCGAGCAGGGGGGACGUUCUUGGCGGGUUCGUUUACGGGGGCCCGUCGGCUGGUCCGGCUGUCGGGGCGGGGAUCGUGGUUAGGCCUCUCGCCCUGCAGCUACCAGUGGCCAACGGUGUAGCAGCCACUGCCGAGAGACCUCCGGAGCUGAGACCAGACGGGACAACCGAGCCAGAAAUAUAUCUGAUUGAAAAUGGUCAGGGCCCAAUGCCCAUGGACGUCACCGACGCGGUUGCAGCGCCAGGGGGCAGCGCACCGUCGAUCUCUUCGUCCCUGCCAGCUGGCAGCACCGGAGCCCCCAAUCCGACGCCAGCCGCGCAACGCUCGCCGCAACUUCCCCCCCAGGCUGUAGUGCUCGGGAAGGUUUACCAGGGGGUCCCUGUGGAGGAUGUGUACGACUGGUUGAUGGCGGCGGAAAGGCGGGACAACGGCAGUGCGGGCUGCAUUUACUCCUGCACCUUUCCGGGCUGCCCUGCCACGAAGCUGAUGAUCAACGACGAAGGGGCCGCCGCAAACGUCAUAUACGAGGUCGCGCACUUGCACGCACCAGGCGAGAAGGCUCCACCGGGUGCCCCGCCCCUAUCUAUCGGCAGCACCCCCCUAUCCGACCAGCGCCCGGGCCCCCCUGCUAGGAGAAGCCAUUUGGGUGCUCCCAUCCAGGUUGCGGUUCCAGCGGCGUUGUACAUGCAGCAGCAAAUGCAAGCCGCGCGCGCCCAGACGAGCAACGCCGGUCGGCCGAUGUUCCGGCCGAUCCUUCCGAAGCCGGCGCCCAAGCCGAAGCAGCCCAAGAAGAAGGGCGCGGGGAAGCAGGACAUGGACGUCCUGUUCGUGGAGGAGUGUGCGCGGGUGUUCAAGCCGGCGGGCGAGGCGGGCCUAAGCCGGGACGAGGUCAAGAGCUUCCUGAGCAAGUGGUCGAAGUUCCCGCUGGACACGGAGGAAGGGCAGGUGAAGCUGCAGCAGGCGCUGGAGUGCGGGCUGUUUGAGGAGGUGGCGGGGGGGCGCUACAAGCUGCGGGAGGCCCAGGCCGGCGCGCCCCCUGCUGCGAAGCAGGUCGCCUCGCAGAAUCCGGAAGAGGGCCCGGGGCGGAUGCAGGCCGCGCACUCGGAGCAUGCGGCGGCCAUGCUCAAGUACAUGGGGGGGUCAGCGGGCACUCAAACGGCUACUCCCAUGGAAAAGUCAAACGGCGAUGUCGCUGCCCCCCAGGAGCCGGGUCCAGUCUCUGUUGCAGAGGGCGGGGUAGAGGCGGUGUCAGAACCAGACACUCGACCAAGGGAAAGCCUCCCUGUGGGGGUUCCCACGAAAAACAGCCUGCCUGCACCUGCCACUACCUCAAUCCAAAUACCAGAAGAACCUGCGGUGUUGGCCCUGGGAGCCCCGAACCCCCAGCUCGGCUUCCCUGCUCUCUCGCCCCCCAUCAGCGAGCUUUUGUUGGGCGAGGAUGAGCGGGCUGCGCGCGACAGCCUGCCGCUGUCGGAGGAAGAGGAGGCGAUGCUCCGCAAGCUGACGGUGCGCAAGCUGCAGGCGCGGCGCUCGAUGGUGCCCGCGUGGCUGCGGGAGAGCGUGACAGCUGGCGCGAAACGGCUGGCGUGGCUGCAGGCUCGGAAGGACCGCAUGCAGGGGGAGAAGAGAGCGGAGGCGGAGCAGGGGGGCGGGCAGGAAGAGAGGCGGGAGGAACUCGGAGAAGCCCCCGAAGUUGAGCAACCCACAGAGACGAUGAGGGCAUUGGAACUCGUGCAGUCCGUCGAAGCGGGUCCGCCGGAUCAAGAGGGCCAAGCAAGCGAAGUGGGACCUCUCGUAGAAGUUGGACAAACCACGCAAGCUGGCGAGAAACCUGGCGAGCGGCCUGGGGAGUCGAACCCCGCUGGGACGGCCAACCUGGACAUCGGCGACAUCCUCGAUUUCCCAGCCGUGGAGGACCUUCCCGGCGACCAGAACUGGCUGACGUCACCGACCGCCGGCUUCCUGGGCUUUGCGCCGGAGUCUCCGGAGCAGGACCGGGAGCAAGCGCAGGCGGAGGAGAGCGCGCAGGAAGGCGUGCGGGCGCGCAUCCCGCAGAGGAAAGCUCCGGAGGGGGUUCCCGAGGCCGGGGCUGCGCCGAGCGAGACGGAGAAGGCUGCUCCUGAAUCCUUGGAACAGGCCCCGGAGAGUGAAAAUUCAGGGAAGGAGGGGCUUACGGUUCAUCAGGAGACGGUCCGGCAGGAGCAGAAGGAGAUGAUGGGCGCCCCGAAGAAGCGGAAGAGGCCUUGCAAAAGCUUCUGGAGUGCAGGGAGUCACCUCAGGAACCAACCACAAGCACCCAGGAUGUCGUUCCCGCUGAAUAACGUCAUAAACUUCAUGACCUACGGCGGCACCAAGGAGCUCCUGCCUAGAAACGCCUGUGGGAAAUCCACGUCAAGAAGCUGA